GCUCGGCUAGAGACCAUGCCCGUGACACGACAUGCGGACAGCGCACAGUAGUUGGAGACUCGAUCGGUGGCGUUACUACUCACUUGAACCCCCUUCCUUCAAGUUGCGAAAAGAGGUGUUAGGACGACGCGCGCACUUUCUACGUCUCGAUCUCUUCGCGCUCCAUGUCUACAUCGUGCAGCUGGAAGAAUCCAAAGUAACCAGAUGCAACCGGCUAGUUCUUACGAAGGAUUCUACACCAGAUGAGCUGGAAGGCUGCGGAGGACAUGGCUCGCGCCGCAACCCAAGUCUGUGCCAGAUCAUUGCCGACCGCAUGGACGAACAUGCAGUAGACACUGAGCACGACCAGACGUCCAUGACUGGGCUGCUGCUUUGACUCAAUCAUUGGACGUCGCCGCGAUGGCCCUUCCAACUGUACGCGGUCUAGAACGUACAAUCUUUGAGCCCGUCGACGCCGCGAAGAAAGAGUUUCGUCUGCUGAAGAUACUUCCAAAACCAGCC